UGAAAAAAGUAAAUAAAAAAAAAAUCACAAGGUCUAUAAAUAGUGAGUGAUCUAGCGGCCUCAAUUGCUGCCUGGCAAAACCAAAGAUCAGAACAACAAUGGCGCCUAUUAUUAACCCCGCCGGAAAACCCAAACUCCACUCUCAAAGGAAGCUCCGGCGCACAUAUUUCAACCGUGCAUUCGCUGCCAUUUACUCGUUAGCCAUCUUAGCUCUAGUCUACCACCAUGCUCUCGCCCUCAUCCAAUCCAAAUCCUUCUUAUCCUUCUCCAUCUCCAUUUCCAUGCUCAUUGCCGACUUCGUUCUUGCCUUCAUGUGGACCACAGCUCAGUCGUUUCGUAUGAACCCUACAGUUCGUGAAGUUCACUUAGAAAACCUUGAAAAGGUGAUUACUUCCAAGGAAAAUUUUCCGGGUCUGGAUAUUUUCAUUUGCACAGCGGACCCGUAUAAAGAGCCGCCUUUGAGCGUGGUGAACACCGCCUUGUCUGUGAUGGCGUAUGAUUAUCCGCCGGAAAAGAUAUCGGUUUACGUGUCGGACGAUGGAGGAUCGGAGUUGACCUUGUUUGCUUUCAUGGAAGCUGCUAAGUUUGGAAGGUCUUGGCUGCCUUUUUGCAAGCAGAAUAACAUAUUGGAUAGAUCACCCGAUGCCUAUUUCAAGUCGAACUACUCUUCAAGUUCUGAGACUCAAAACAUUAAGGUAAUCUGCAUCAGUUCUUAGUCAAGCCAUAUCAGACCAAGUCUUCUUUGAUGGCUAUCUUCUUCGUCAGCACUCAGCAGCCAUAGCUCACCGCGACUAAUGCUAAAAACAAAUUUAUGGAAAUGUAUGAGAAGAUGAGGACAAAAAUAGAAAGUGUGAUGGAGAAAGGAAAGGUGACAGAUGAAUACAUCACUAGUGGAGAAGAGCAUGAAGCUUUUACCAUCUGGAAACAAGGAUCCUUCACUCGUCAACAACAUCCUUCUGUUAUUCAGGUUUUGUUGGAAGGUAGCGAGGACAGAGACAUAGAAGGAAACCCCAUGCCUAACCUGAUUUACAUGUCAAGGGAGAAAAGCAAGAGCUACCCCCAUCAUUUCAAGGCUGGUGCCCUCAACGCCCUGCUUCGGGUAUCAGCAGUAAUGACAAAUGCGCCUAUAGUACUCACUCUGGAUUGCGACAUGUACUCGAAUGAUCCCCAAACGGCAAAAAAAGUGCUCUGUUACUACAUGGAUCUACCGGAUAAUCCCAAUUUGGGAUACAUACAAUGCCCUCAAAUCUAUCACGGGUUAAACAAGAGUGAUAUCUAUGGAUCUGAGUACAAGCCAUUGUUUCAAAUGAAUCCAAUAGGAAUGGAUGGCCUUCGAGGCCCAAAUUAUGUCGGAACUGGAUGUUUCUUCAAUCGCCGAGUGUUCUUUGGUGGUCCUUCAUCAUUUGUUCAACCAGAGAUUGCACAGCUCGGACCAGAUUCUGUUGUAAACAUGCCUAUUAAUGGUAAAGAGGUAAUGAAAUUAGCCGACCAAGUAGCUGCAUGUAAUUAUGAAGACCAGACAAAUUGGGGUUCAAAGAUUGGUUUCAAAUAUGGGUCUUUGGUGGAGGACUACUACACUGGUUUUCGACUUCUGUGUGAGGGAUGGCAUUCCAUAUUCCAUGAUCCGAAAAGGCCAGCAUUUCUGGGUGAUGUACCAAUUUCCCUUUAUGAUGCAUUAGGCCAAAAUAAGAGAUGGUGUGUAGGGCUUCUGGAGGUAACUUUCUCAAAAUACAGCACCAUAAUAUAUGGAGUCAAGUCCAUGGGAUUUCUCGCAGCUCACAGUUUCACCCACUAUGCUUUCUGGCCUAUAUGGACCAUUCCAAUUGCUACUUAUGCCUUUCUCCCUUCACUGGCUCUGCUCAACGGGAUAUCCAUUUUUCCAAAGGUGUCGGAUCCAUGGUUUUACUUGUAUGCCUUUCUAUUUCUUGUGGCAUAUGGGCAAGAAUGUGUAGACUUCAUUAUAAGUGGGAGUACAUUUGAGAGGUGGUGGAAUGAUCAACGAAUGUGGCUUAUUCGAGGGCUCACAUCUUACCCGUUUGGAACCCUUGAAUACUUCAACAAAGUUCUAGGCAUUGCAACAAAAGGAUUCAGUUUGACUAGUAAAGUGGUUGAUGACGAACAAGGCAAGAGGUACGAUCAAGGGGUAUUCGAAUUCGGGGUGGAAUCACCAAUGUUCGUGCCGUUGUCCACGGCGGCAAUCCUCAACUUGGUUGCUUUCCUCUAUGGCUUUCUGAAGAUCAACUUGGACGGCUUGUUUGUUCAGAUGUUUAUAGCUGGCUUUGGAGUCUUGAAUUCCAUCCCGAUUUAUGAAGCCAUGGUGUUGAGAAGUGAUAAAGGAAGAAUGCCCACCAAAAUUACCGUGAUUUCUGCAUCUCUUGUUGUUGUUCUUUGUGUUUCAAGUAUGUUUUUACACUGAAGAUGUAGGCGGGAUCACUAUUGAAGCUUGAUGUGGUGGACAUGUAAGAGCUAUCAUCUUGGAAGGAGGUAUGAAGGAAACAUUAUUUUGUAGAAUUUCCAAUUGGAGUCCUUUGCAAUAGCAAUGUAUAUAAUUCAUAGUCUACUUGAUGGAGAUUGUCCUACAUCAACAUUCUCAAUAAAUAUUCACCUACAUCUGGAAUAUGCAUUGAUUAAUUUACUACCUGUACUAUAUCAAUAUAUUAUAAUAAUAAGAAUAUAAUAAUAAUAAUCUAAUAAUAAUCUACCU